AUGGUCCCAAUCAAAGAGACCUCCAGACACAACCUGAGGGGCGUCAUAAGAAGAAGAGACGAAAGCGAACCAACAGGACUCGACGAUACGCAAGAAAAGCAAAUACACACUCGCUCAGGGCCACUCACACCUCCAUUAUCAGAAGAACCAGAGUUAGCUAAACAAAUCCCGUCAGCAAAUCACAGGCUCCUAUCAUUUCGUAAACCACGGCGCAGGCGGCAACCAAUAGCAACACAAAGCCAAUCUCCUUUGUUUAAAACCUUGCCAGCUGAGAUCCGACUGCUCAUUUGGGAGCAUUACGUCUGUGACCGCAAGCUACAUAUCGUGAGGACAAAAUGGCGACAGGGAAGGGAGGCUCGCUCACGAAUCGUUGGGGUUCAAUGUCACGAGAAGCAUGAAAUAUGCCCAUGCAGUCAUCGCUGUUGGGGACAGCUGGCACGCCGACCUGCCGGUGGAUGUGUUGGUGGAGGGCGGGGCUCAAGAGAAGUGUCUGGCUAUGAAGAUGAUGAAUGGAAGAUUGAUACGAGAGUUGGUUUCGUGUCUCUGUUGCAGACUUGUCGGUUGAUAUAUACUGAAACAAUCGAUAUGAUCUACCGACACAAUGUAUUUCUGUUCAACCAUGCAGAUACCAUCGUUGAUCUACCAGGGAUUAUAUUACCUCGGCGAUUGAGCUUGAUUCGGACUGUUCAGCUUGGCUUUGCUGAUCCUGGGGGUAGCAUGUGGGAUAAAUGCUGUUGGGUCCUUGGCAAUGAAUUGACGGCACUGGAGACGUUGACUAUUCAUUUGUUUCCUCAUGUCGUAGGCAAUUUGGAUGUUCUGCUCAUGCCGAUGCAUCAGAUCAAGCAGCCCAGAACAUUUGAGGUUUGUCUAAUUAAACCGUGGUAUAUGAGGAAGGGCUGGGAGUCAUCGGCAGGUCUUCUUGAUGCCCCGUUUCAAUUUGAGCUUAUUGAUAAUGGCAUUCGCUCUGCGAGAGAGCUACUAGCCGACUAA